AUGCUUACCACAGCAUUGUCUCUGUUGAGCUGCUUCCAAGCUUCUCUUGUUGCAGCUGGCCCCGUUACUCGUCGCUCCGACCUUGUCGUCAAGGACUUCCAUCCAGCUCCAAAGGCAUGGUCAAAUCUGGGGCCUGCUCCGGGUGAACAUUUAAUCAGGUUGACCAUCGGCCUCUCUCAAAGUCGCUUCGCUGAGCUCGAACGGCACCUGUAUGAAGUCUCGGACCCAUCGCAUGCGCGCUACGGCCAGCACCUGUCAGCUGAAGAAGUCCAUGACCUUGUGAAACCUUCAGAUGAGACUUCCGCAGCCAUCCAUGAGUGGUUGCAGGAAUAUGACGUCGACGUUGAGCAACUCACUUACAGCCCAGCCAGGGACUGGAUCACUGUGUCCCUGCCCGUCUCGAAGAUUGAGGACAUGCUGAACACGGCCUACUCGGUCUGGGAACAUUCUGACGGAUCGACGCUCGUGCGUACCGAAGGAUAUUCUCUCCCGCACUACGUUCACAAACAUAUUAGCACCAUCCAGCCAACAAACUCGUGGGCCCGACUUGAGGGACACAAGAAACGAACCGAGAUCAGGAAGCGCUCUUUAGUCACCAAGCGUGGCUCCCAUGUUCUCGAAGCUGCAGACACCUGGUCACCACCCGAUUCGAUUCCAUUGCCCGCAAAUUCCACUGUCUAUGCCGCAUGCAAUUUCACCUCUGUGACCCCAGACUGCUUGAGAACCCUCUAUGGCACCAUUGAUUACGAGGUCAAAGCAGCCGGAAAGAACAAGAUGGGGCACACAAAUUACUUGGAAGAGGCGACCAACCGCUCGGAUAUUAACAUCUUUUUGUCCAAGUAUCGACCCGAAGCCGCUGCCUACGCGUACCAGUUCGAGGCCAUCUCCAUUGCAGGCGGUGUCCUAGACAAUGGCACCAAUGUUGCGGCAGAGGGCUUGGACAGGGAGGCAGAUCUGGACGCUGACUACAUGAUUGGAAUUGGUUAUCCAACACCCUUGACUGCAUAUCACACCGGGGGGCGAAAUCCAUCGUUCAUGCCCGACUUAGUGACUCCCACCAACACCGACGAGCCUUUCCUGGUUUGGGCCAAUUACAUGGCAGGGCUGCCGGAUGACGAGGUGCCCCAAGUCAUUUCCACCUCUUAUGGAGACGACGAGCAAACUGUCAGUCGGUCUUAUGCCCAAGCCGUCUGCAACCAAUUCGCACAAUUGGGAGCCCGAGGCGUGUCUUUGUUCUUUUCCAGUGGUGAUUUUGGUGUCGGAAGUGAUGGAGAAUGUGUCAGCAACGUGGACAAUACAACAGCCAUGUUCCUUCCAUCUUUUCCAACUGAUUGUCCCUACGUCACCACCGUGGGAGCGACAACUGGCUACCCUGAAUCUGCUGCUUGGAGGAAGUUGAGUUCUGGAGCCUAUUUUACCAGUGGGGCGGGCUUCAGCAACUAUUUCGACAUGCCCGCCUACCAGGCCGAGACUGUAAACGCAUAUGUCGAUGGUCUCGGAGGGCUCUACGAUGGACUUUACAACAAAUCAGGACGCGCCUACCCCGACAUUUCCUGCAUUGGACAAGUCUUCCCCAUUACCUGGAACGGCAGUACACUCAACCUCGUCGGCACAUCUGGUUCCUCACCCAUCUGCGCGUCUGUGUUCACUCUGUUGAACGACGCAUUGAUCUCCGAGGGACGCCCUCCCAUGGGUUUCCUCAAUCCUUGGCUGUACAAGUGGGGUCAUACCUUGUUCACGGAUGUCACGAACGGCACGUCUGCUGGGUGCAAUACGACAGGAUUUCCUGCAACCCCUGGGUGGGAUGCGGUGACGGGAUGGGGAACGCCGUAUCUCCCGAAACUGCUCGAGGCUUUUGGCUUGAAGUAA